AUGGCAGGUAGAAAGCUCAUGGAUAAGGUUCAUGAACUGGAAGAAUUCAGACUCCACGCAUAUGCGAAUGCAGAAUUGUAUAAGGAAAAGACGAAGAGAUGGCACGACAAGCACAUUGUCACUCGCACAUUCAAGCCAGGACAAAAGGUAUUACUCUUUAACUCUCAUUUGCGUCUCUUUCCAGGUAAGCUUCGAUUGAAAUGGAGUGGACCAUUCGAGGUGGUGCGAAUGUCAGCACAUGGAGCCGUGGACCUAUGGUAUCGCACUAAAUCGACCAUGUUUGUAGUAAAUGUCCAACAAGUGAAGCACUAUUUUGGGCAAAAUGUCGAUCAUGAAGAGGAAAAAAUUAAGCUCAAGAAUGAAUGA